GCAAGGGGCAGGCGCAGAGUGUGCUGGAAGCUUGGAACUGUUCUUCAGAGUAAGCGUCUCUCUCUCUCUCACUCACUCUCCCCAGUCGUUAAGUCAGAGAGCAGAGGAGGAAGGGAAGGCAGAGAGACCAGGGGAGGUCUGACGACACCAUCCCAGCUCACCCGGCACCUAUUUUAAAUGCACAGAUUGCUAAAUGCAAGUGCACAGUCUAGCGAUUUACUGGAGGAUCAUCAAGAUUUACAACCAAGCUGUCACUCUGCAAGAGAUGUGUGCAACUUUUCCUGCCAGGACAAAAACUUAAAGGAGCUUUGGAAACAUAACAUGUGUAAAUGUCUAGAGUAGCAGUAGCUUUCAUUGCUGGAGGUCCAAUGUAAGGAUGGAUGGCGCAUGUUCCAGGCUAACGGUGUUCUUCACCGUUGUCUGAUCCAGAUUUAAAGGGAACAUCUAGCCAAACAGAAGGAAGAAGGAGCAGCUAAAUAUACAAUAACUUAAUCCACCUGCAACUCCUACCCAGGCUGAUAUGAUGCUGUGGUACAACUUUGGCCACCACUUGCUCUCUCUGGCAGCACUUCUGGUGAUUGUGAGCUCCGGAGGAGGGGAGCAGAGGAGAGGAACGGAUAGCAGCAGCACCAGCAGCACAGGUGGCAGUAGCAGCAGUAGCAGUGGCAGUAGCAGCAGUAGUGGAGGAAGCAGUAGCAAUAAUUACAGUAACAGACGCUUUCAUAAGAUCCAACAUGGCCAGUGCACCUAUACGUUCAUCCUACCUGAGGGAGACGGAGUCAGAGGAGGCUCAUGCCGGGAGGCGAAAACCGGUAGCCCCCAACAAAACGCCAACUCCCUCCAGAGAGACUCUCCACCACCUGAGCCAGAAUUUCCCAGCCAGAAGAUCCAGCAGCUCGAGCACAUUAUGGAGAAUUAUACCCAGUGGCUACAGAAGAUUGAGAACUACAUCAAAGAGAGCAUGAAGACGGAGAUGGCUCAACUGCAACAGAGCGCUGUCCACAACCACACAGCAGCCAUGUUGGAAAUGGGCACCAAUCUUCUUUCUCAGACGGCUGAACAGACACGCAAGCUAACUGACGUUGAGACACAGGUUCUGAAUCAGACAUCCAGGCUCGAGAUCCAGCUGCUGGAAAAUUCCCUAUCCACUAACAAGUUGGAGAAAGACUUAAUGGUCCAGACCAAUGAGAUCAGCAAGCUGCAUGACAAGAACAGCCUCCUCGAGCAGAAGAUGUUAGAAAUGGAGAUGCGACACCGUGAAGAGCUGGAGACGCUGAAGCAGGAGAAGGGAAGUCUCCAGGCCCUGGUGGGGAGCCAGAGCGGGGUUAUCAGGGAGCUAGAAUCCCAGCUGAGCCGGGCCACAGGGAACAGCACGGCCCUGCAGAGACAGCAGCAGGAGAUGAUGGAUACCGUCCAUAACCUGCUCAACCUCUGCUCCAAAGAUGGCGUUGUGCCUAAUAGUACAAAGGUUGUGGAUGAAGAGAAGAAGUUCCGUGACUGUGCUGACCUCUACCAGGCUGGCGUCCAAAAAAACGGAGUCUACACCAUCCAGAUCAACCCUCAGGAGACCAAAAAGGUGUAUUGCAACAUGGAAACAGCCAGUGGUGGAUGGACAGUCAUCCAGCGCAGAGAAGACGGCAGUGUGGACUUCCAGAGAACAUGGAAGGAGUACAAGAUGGGUUUUGGAAGCGUGUCUGCAGAGCACUGGUUGGGGAAUGAGUAUGUUUACCAGUUGACCAGCCUGAGGCAGUAUGCCCUCCGUGUAGAACUGACGGACUGGGACGGACACCAGGCCUUCUCAUUAUAUGACCGCUUCCAAAUCGGCAGUGAGAAACAAAACUACAGACUGUUCCUGAAAAGCCACAGUGGGACUGCAGGCAGACAGAGCAGUCUAGUAAUCCACGGAGCAGAUUUCAGCACCAAGGACAUGGACAAUGACAACUGCAUGUGCAAAUGUGCCCUCAUGCUCACUGGUGGUUGGUGGUUUGAUGCCUGUGGCCCGUCCAACCUUAAUGGCAUGUACUUCACCCAAGGACAACACAUAGGGAAGUUGAACGGUAUCAAGUGGCACUACUUCAAGGGCCCCAGCUACUCACUAAGAGCCACCGUCAUGAUGAUCCGCCCCCUGGACUUCUCCUAGUCCUGUGAACUUGCAAACUAUUUAACUUCCAAAUGGCUAUGUAGCACAUUAGAGGGACGCUUCCUAUUUUAUCCUCUUGUCUCAUCUCAUUUCGCAGGCCAUGGGUGGGAGUCUUCCAGUGAAUCUUUUAUUCAAUCUGGUUCUUCCCCAGAGCAACCGCUGUUGCUGUGCUACUGUUGCCUCAUAACCUUUCCCCUCAAUGAACUGAAAAGCAGUCAUGGGGAGGAAGACACGGUUCACCUGAACUCAUUUUUGUUCCCAAGCAGAUUCACAAACUUGACCUUAUUUAAGGACAAAUGUGUCCAGGUGUGUUAUCUCACACCUGGAAUCUGUGCGCAUUUUCAGCUUGUAUGACAAUUCAAGCAUGAUUUCAAACCACAAUUUUCCUGGGGACCUGUGUUGUAAUAAUACAGAGAAAUUGAACUUCUCUGAAUGGAAAGCCGCUAUCACAGAGCAGCACUGACUCUUAAACUGCAGGACAGAACUGAUCUGAAACGUUCUGAGGAGACAAAUGAGAGACAUGGCUUUUUUUUAAAAUGUUGCUCACAGAACACAGCCCAUAAAUAUUACGAUUGUGUUAUAUAUUGUGUUUUUAGUAUUAUUUUUGUUAUCCCAACUAUAUACAAUAUCCGAAGUGAGAUGAAAUUGUCUUUUGUACUGUACAGUGUAUACUGAAUUUCUAUCUGCAUUAUGUAUGAAACACACACGCUCAGUUUUAAGGUGACCUUGAAAUGCAAGUGAUUGGUAAUAGUUAUGAGGGUCACUUGCAGUAUUAGCUGGCAAUUACAUGCUGGCUGUCUUGACCGAGUGUGAUUAUUUUUAGAGUUCAAGAUGUGAGGUUAUUAUUGGAUUAGAUUCUGGACUGAGAUCCACUUGCCUUCGUCAUUGGCUGAGAAACGACUAAUACCUGCCAAGGUUCAGAUUGUGAGUGAUCACCUUACCUCUGCUCAAUAUGAAAAACAAGGACAUUAAUUCACAUUCAUAUAAUUAGUGAUAUAUAACAAUUACAGCUAUGUGCGCCUGGGGGAAGAAAAUGCACACAGCAUACACUACGAGUAAUAUGUAUUUUAAAAAUAAAUAGAUAUGCAGUGUAUUCCUGAGCAUAAUGAUGAAGUACCACGUUAUGAUCCUUCCUUAUUCGCAAAAGAUGUAAAUGCUUAUAUUAAGCUGGUGUCCCACAUGUACAAGACUCACAAAGAAGUUCAUAUUGCUGAAUCUUACUUCUAAAUGUAGAGGACAUUAUAAAACAACUUCAAGACCCGUCCUGUCAGUUUUAUCAUAUUCUAACCACUUACCUUAAGACAAAGAGCAGAUCAUUAAGACAAGUUGCAUUCAAAAUAUUUUUCACAGACAUCAACAUGACACAGUCUCAGAAUCCGGCCGGGUUCUGUUUCUCAUCAAUGCAGUUUGGGGAAAAAAAAGGAGCUAGAGUUGGAUACGAAGCAUGAAAUUAAUGAUCCCACCAAGUGAUCCGUGUGAACACAUAUUUCAUAACUUCCAGCUUAAAACAACAGAAUCUACUGUGGGGUAUUUACUAAAGGUACAUGUGGCAAGAAGAUAAAGUGUAUCUGGAACUUGUAAAACUACAAUUGACAUGUUUAUUAGCAUACUAAAAUUGUAUAAUUUAAUGUGUGUGUACGUAAAGCAGCUUUCCUGAGGAAAGCUCUUCUUUUUUCUGUUAUUACUCUGCCAGAAGUACAAUGGUGUUUUGAAGUUGAGCAUAAAACAUGGAAGUUAAGAUAAUAACCCUGGAGAAAUGUGCCUUUGAUAACUCUGCUUUUACCUCAUUAAAUUCCAGAUUUACAGAUUUAUUUAAAGAUCUUUUGUAACAUGUGGUCAGUGUUGUGUUGCUAGAUUAAAUAAAAGAGCAUGUGAUGCACUAACGUUUUCAA